AUAUUAUUUUGGUGUUCUUUUUUUUUAACCUUUGAACCGGCGCGAUCACGUGAUCUCACCCCCAGCAAUGACCUCUCUUGCUAGCUAACGCUGGCUGGCCGGGGAUAUCUUCACAAAUAUCUCAACGCAGCCGACUACAUUUUUAAAAAAUGGGGCAGACGAAGCAAGAAGAAGAUUACGGGUACGAUUUGUUCCCGGAGAGGAACGCCGGGAAGUACAAGAAGGGCUCCAUCGCAGAGAGCCUGUUCACUUUCAACCACAAGUGUCAGGUCAUGUUACAGUUAGCCGUGGAAACCAGUCCCUAUGCCAAACUCCUCCUCAGUGCCAUGAAAAACUCUGGAUGUAAAGUGUUUAAAGACCGCCAUUUUGCCUGCGAAGAUUGCGACGGGACGGUCAGCGGUGGAUUUGACGCAGCCACGUCCCAAAUUGUUUUGUGUCAGAAUAACAUCCACCAGCAGUCUCACAUGAACCGGGUGGUCACGCACGAGCUCAUCCACGCUUUCGACCACUGUCGGGCCCACGUGGACUGGUUCAACAACUUCAGACAUUUAGCGUGUUCUGAGAUUCGUGCCGCGAACCUCAGCGGCGACUGCGCUUUCUCCAAUGAAUUGGCCCGGUUCCACUUUGGGAUUAAGCAGCAUCAUCAGGAGUGCGUCCGAGGCCGGGCCCUCCGCUCCAUCCUCGCCGUGAGGAAAAUCAGCCGCAAGGAGGCGGAGAAAAUCGUGGACGAGGUCUUCGACACGUGUUUCGACGACCACGCGCCGUUCGGGCGGAUCCCGCACAGCAAAAAGGACGCUAAAUUCGCCAACAGGGAUUAUGAAAACAGGAAUCGCUAUUAUGCAAAUCUUUAGUAUCAUAUUCAAAGUUCUGGUGGAUUUAUUGUUUUUUUUUUUUCCCUGGGCUGCGUGUUGCCGAUUACAUCCAUUCAAAAAGGAUGGUCUGGAUGGGACUCGUCCUCGGAAAAGGAAACAUUUGUGGUCACUUUUUGGACACUAAUUCUACAAAAAGGGAACAAACGUAAGCUAAAUACCGUAAUUUACGGCCUAUGAGCCGCGACUUUUUUUCACACGCUUUCAACCCUGCGGUUUAUGCGGUGAUGCGGCUAAUUUGUGCAUUUUUUUUUCCAACGGCCGCAAGGGGCUAUUCGAGCGGAAAAGGUAAGAGUGAGACCGGUGGAAUAUGUGUGCCGAGGAAGUGACUUUUACUGGUCCCGGGCCUGUUAGGGCAGCGCUCGUGUGUAACUGCCGGGAUUUUUACUGGUAUGUCCCCCCCCCCAACCAGCCCUAGCAUUAGUGUUAGCGUGGCGGUGGGCACUUGCAGCUUUUAUACAGCUGCGGCAUAUGUACAGUGAAGAAAAUAAGUAUUUGAACACCCUGCUAUAUUAUAAGUUCUCCCAGUUAGAAAUUGUAGAGGGUGAGAGAGAUAAUCUAAAAAGAAAAAUACACACAUUUUAACUAUUUAUGUGACACAGUUGCAAAUAAGUAUUUGAACACCUGAGAUAACUAUUGUUAAUAUUUUGUACAGUAGCCUUUGUUUGCAAUUACAGAGGUCAAACAUUUCCUGUAGUUGUUCACCAGGUUUGCACACACUGCUGGAAGGAUUUUGGCCCACUCCUCCACACAGAUCUUCUUUAGAUCAGACAGGUUUCUGGGCUGUCGCUGAGAAACAGAGUUUCAGCUCCCUCCAAAGAGUUUUUAUUGGGUUUAGGGCUGGAGACUGGCUAGGCCACGCGAGAACCUUGAUAUACUUCUUAUGGAGCCACUCCUUGGUUUUCCCGGCUGUGUGCUUCGGGUCAUUGUCAUGUUGAAAGGCCCAGCCACAACCCAUCUUCAAUGCUGUGACUGAGGGAAAGAGGUUGUUUCUCGAAAUCUCACACUCAAUGGCUGCGGUCAUCCUCUCCUUAAUACAGUGCAGUCAUCCUGUCCCAUGUGCAGAAAAACACCCCCAAAGCAUGAUGCUACCACCCCCAUGUUUCACAGCAAGGAUGGUGUUCUUGGGAUGGAACUCGUGAUUUGUCUUCAAGCUGCUUGGCAAUUUCUCUGUCGCCCUUUCCAGCCAUGUGGAGUUGUACAAUUUUGUCUCUGGUGUCUUUGGACAGCUCUUUGGCCAUGUAACAAGUUUGAGUCUUACUGAUUGUACGGGGUGGACAGGUGUCUUUAUGCAGCUAACAACCUCACAUAGGUGCAUCUGAUUCAGUAUAAUACACGGAGUGGAGGUGGACUUUUAAAAGUGGACUCACAGGUCUUUGAGGGUCAGAAUUCUAGCUGAUAGACAGGUGUUCAAAUACUCAUUUUCUUCACUGUAUGUACCAAAUGGUAUUUCCUUUACAAAUGUACUGGUUGAGGCUCGUAACCAGGUGCGCUCUAUAGGCUGGGAAUUAUGAUAUAUGAAGACACUUGUUUUUAUUU